CAGCACCAUCCAGCUCUAAAUAAGAGUUACGAGAGAAACGAGUAAGAUGGCAGACACAUCUAGCAGUGAUGGCCCUGCCACAGGAGCAGAUUUUGACAUGAUGGGUGCUCUUGACUGGCAGGAUGGCAUAGCCACGCUGCCCGGGAGUGACAUUCGGUUUCGAAUGACUGAGUUUGGCACCCUGGAGAUUGUCACAGAGGCGGAGCCUAAAGAGAAAGAGGAGGGGCUUACAGACUCACAUCCUCAAACUACAACCCCAAACAACAGUCAUUGCCCUGAACAAAACAAACCUUCAAGUCAGACAGCAGUGCCCCAGUCAACUACAGAUCAUCAGACAAAUAUUGCGGUUUCAGCUGACUCAAACAGGCAGACAGCAGGCAAUGGCACUAGGAGCCCCAGCAGCGAGGCCAACCCCAGCAUAAGCAUAGUGCCCAAUGCAGUGGUCGCUCCUGUCACCGAAGUGGCAAACUGCAGGUCUUGUGGUCAUUCUGGUCCCCGGGAGUCUUUUCUCCAGGGAAAAUAUUGCAGCGCUCCUUGUGUGCAGCCCAGCAGUGGCAGAUCAACCCCAGCCGAGGCAGUUGAAGGAGAGCGUUUAGGUAAACGUGUGAGAAGGAAGAAGAAGAUGUUCAUGGAUUCUGGAGAUGAAGAGGAGGACAAUAUAGAAGAAGAGGAGGAGAAGGUUAAAUCAUCAAAGGGAAGACGAGCAGCUAAAGUUGCUAGACUGGCAACAGCACCUCUUGUUAAAAAGAAAACUUGGAGUUGGGCAGUUUAUCUGGAGGAGGAGAGAGCAAUUGCUGCUCCCUUAAAACUUUUUAAGGAGCACCAGUCAUUCCCCCAGAGCAGGAAUGGAUUUAAAGUUGGCAUGAAACUGGAGGGAUUGGACCCUUGUCAUCCUGCUCUCUUCUGUGUUUUGACUGUUGCAGAGGUGCAAGGUUAUAGAAUCCGGCUUCAUUUUGAUGGCUACCCGGAAUGCUAUGACUACUGGGUAAAUGCUGACUCGUGGGACGUGAAGCCACCGGGCUGGUGUGAGAAAAUGGGACUGAAGCUGUUGCUGCCGAAAGGAUGCAGAGAUGGCGAGUUUAACUGGAACACAUACGUUAAGAACUGUAGGGGUCAACUGGCUCCCAAACAUCUCUUUAAAAGUCUUAAUACAUCAGUCACGCCGUCAGGAUUCCGUGCGGGGAUGAAACUGGAAGCAGUGGACAGGAAGAACCCGUCACUCAUUUGCGUAGCAACCAUUUCUGCUGCCGUCGACACCCGGCUCCUCAUCCACUUUGACAACUGGGAUGAUACGUAUGAUUACUGGUGUGAUGCCAGCAGUCCGUACAUCCACCCGGUGGGGUACUGUGAGGAGGUGGGGCUAACACUCACCACACCCGCAGAAUAUAAGCAACCGAAGAGUUUCUCCUGGGAAAAGUACCUUGAAGAAACUGGAACCCAGGCUGCACCAGCCAGAGCCUUUAAACAGAGGCCUCCUCAUGGCUUUCAGACUGGGACGAAGCUGGAGGCAGUAGACAAGCGGAAUGCCAUGCUCAUCCGUGUUACUACAAUUUCUGACACAGAUGACCACAGAGUCAAGAUUCAUUUUGAUGGCUGGAAUGAUGAGUAUGACUAUUGGCUGGAUGCUGAUAGUGCAGAGCUGCAUCCAGUAGGCUGGUGUCAGAAGACGGGUCAUCCUCUACAACACCCUAAUAGCCCCCCGGAUUCUCCAGUCCCUCCAGGACAAGGCUGCCCUACCCCGGGAUGCAACGGGGUUGGACACAUUAGAGGACCUCGCUAUGGAACACACUACACAAUGGUGAGUUGUCCAUACUCCGAUUUGAAUCUAAAUAAGGACGGGCUGGUGCCAGACAGACUGAGUGGGGAGAAGCCAGUGACCCUCAGCGGACCCCCACGUCACCGCCGGGCAGAAAUGCUCACUCAGACGAGCAUACCCACACCCAUCGCCAGCACCCCGGAACCCCCUGACACCACCACGGACGUGUGCCCACAAUCCCGGGCUGUCGCUACCCCCAAAUGUGUUAAAGCACCUCAAGUGAAGCAGGAAGGUGAUGGAAAAGAUUCCCUGCCGCAGUUCCUGCAUGAGUCUGUGUUCUGUGGAUGGGAGCCGCCAAAGUUUCAGCUGUGUUGGGAGAAACAUGGCAAACUACUGCCUGAAGCCUUAGGCCUCACCGCCAAGAGAGUGGCCAAGUGGAACACAGAAGAGGUUGCAAGUUUUGUGAGAGAGUUACCUGGCUGCAGAGAGCAUGCUGCCACCUUCAGGAAGGAGCAAAUUGAUGGCGAGGCCUUCCUGCUCCUAACUCAAUCAGACAUUGUUAAGAUACUGAGCAUCAAGCUCGGCCCCGCUCUCAAAAUCUACAACUGUAUCCUAAUGCUGAAGAGCGCAGAUGAGGAGUAGACAUGCACCCUAUUAAACUGGACACAUGCUUACACCUCAAUGCGCAACUGCUGCUUAAACAACAUGACUGAAGGUUGCACUUGCCCCCAUCAUAAUAUGCAGUCCUUAAAGUACUCAAAGUGCUUAUAAGCAAAUGAUUAAAUCAUUGGCCACAUUAGUUGGUUGAUGGACAAAUCAUCCAAUUGAACGAGGUGAGCUGGAAUUGGAGGUGAUCAGAAAAAUCUGAUUUUAAGACUGGGUUUCUUGUCUCAUGGUAACUGUAGCCCCCACCCCAUCGUUUAUUUUAAGUCAUUUGAUUUAUGUUAGAAUCAAGGAGGGGAGAGUACACCACACUGAGGCACCUUAAAAUGUUUAAACUGGAUUCCUUCAUUCUUGAUAUUUAUGAUUUUAUGGUUACUAAAAUGAGUAAGUGUGUUUGACGCUGGAGGCACGAACAAAAGCCACAGUAGUGGAGCUUUUACUUGAAAUGUAAAAAGUGAUUUUUUUAAGAAUUGCAAAAAGACCUUUGUUUGUAAUUGAACACACACUGACACUCAUCCCGACGUUAGCCUGUUUGAGAUGACUAGAGGGCAGUGGGAUUGUAUGUGUGUUUGAGUGUUUACGAGUUUGUAUGCUUGUGUGUGAGAGAAAAAAGACUUGAGUGAGUGUUUUGCAAGCAUGUGUUUGUGAGUUAUUUGUAUAUUUGUGACUGGGUGUAUUUUAAGCCUACUAGACCCUGACAUUUUGCCUUGUACAACCAUUCCUGAAAUAAGACACUUGCAUUCUUUUGUUUGGUGACCUAUAUGUUGUAUAAUACAGCUGUUAUGUGCUCUGCUACAACUGACCUCACAGCAUCAUCUUACUGAACCGCUCAAAGUUGUGACUGUACAUCUCUAUAGUGGUUGCCGUUGCUCCAUACAAAAAAUGGGUUUAAUACAGAUAAACUAAAUUAAUUUGGUACUUAAAGUUGGCUGUGUGAAACUUACAAAAGAUAUAUCAUAGUCUGCAGAGAACCUUCAUUAAAAAUGAUUAUGGCUUUCUGCAUGCUAUGGUUGAGGCUACAGUUUUGAGGAAUGCAAUGGUUUGGUUAGUGUCAGGGGUAGUGUAGGUUUGUGUUUGGUUUUGAUUGUUUUCAUUGCCUCUGUGUGCUUGUUUGUUUGUAGAUUCAAAUGUGUUCUCAUAUGUGUCGGAUUGUGUCGUCCCUUGGGGGACAAAAAGACAGUCCUGUAUAAAUGAGUGAAUAGAUGGAAUGAGGAAAAUAAAUAAUGAUUUCCAACCGAA